GUGCAAGACCGCGCCGCUGGUGAAGCCAUAAUCGACAUUUGCGGCUUGUAAAUCAAAACGAAUGCCAGCGUUACCUCGUGUUGAUCGUAUCAAAACGAUUUAUUCGGCUGCUGCAGCGCUCAACUAUGGAUGGAAAUUUACUGAUUUUUUGAAGACGCCAAUGUACAAUGGUGUAUCAAGAUACAUUCCGCAGCUACACAGAAUUACAUUCCGUUUCUGCAAGCAAAGUGAAGGAAGUGUUGGAGUUCGGAACUUCAUUGAGAAUAAACUUAUCAAUUUAGGGCAGCAGAAUCCUUCCGUUGUGAUCUACACGCAACCAGUGCGCAAUGCUAAUCCAAUUAUUCGCGCCGAGUAUGGAAACGGAAGGAUCGUGCAACUGAAUGCAAAAAAUAUGAGUAUGGCCGAUAUAGAAAGAGACGUAAAUUUGCUGUAUUCCCGGAGUGGCGAACCAGUAGUGAAGUUGGAGUCUCGACAAAGUUCCCCCACGCCUUCUAUCCAGGGCGAGUGGACGCCGAUGACGUGGUUACCGCCGCGAAUGAACAAAGCUAAGCUACCGGAUCCGGAAUUUUCAAAGCACAAGACAUGUAAUGUGACAGCAACGGAAUACCUGCUGGAGGAACAAAAACGUAAUGAGAACCAGUGAUUAGCUCAUCGUUUUUACUGUUGCUGGUAUUGUUGAAAUUGUUCGAAAGAGUAUAUCAGGAUUUUUUAUUUUUGAUGAGCUUGAUGAACACUCGAGUUAUUUAUCUGAGAUUUGAAACUGUUUCUAUGCUGUUCACAGGCUAUUUAAUUGCUCAGUUAUUUGUGUGUUCAUUGUUUGACGGGUCAAAGCAAAUAACUGGCUUGGCUUUGCUUGAGCUUAGGAUGAUAUGUGCCGAACAGGUAUCUUAAUACUGUUAUUGUUACUUUUAUGGAAGUG